GUUUUUUACGUUUCGAGGCGCAUUUGUCCAUGGACAGUUCCUUGCGCUUUUGGCCUUCCAUACUUUCUAACCUUCAAGAAGUGCCAACACGAAGCGUCGACUGUAUAUCGCCGUGUUUGUCUUUAGCUCAGGAUCCUCAGGAGCCUCUUCCCUCUGUAAAAGGUCGUCGACAUGGCCGAUCCGUGGCAGGAGUGUAUGGACCUCUGCGUGGAGGUGACCAGGAGGGCUGGGGAGAUGAUCCGUGAGGCGCUGCAAAAGGACAUUGACGUGAUGCAGAAGAGCUCACCCGUUGACCUUGUGACUGAAACGGACCAAAAAGUGGAGCAGCUUAUUAUAUCCUCCAUCAAGGAAAAGUACCCAACACACAGCUUUAUAGGCGAGGAGUCGGUAUCAGCAGGUGCACCAAGUAUUCUAACUGACAGUCCCACUUGGAUCAUCGACCCUAUUGAUGGAACCACCAACUUUGUUCACAAUUUCCCAUUUGUGUCUGUGUCGAUAGGCUUCACUGUGAAGAAAGAGAUACAGUUUGGUAUUGUCUACAGCUGCAUAGAGGACAAAAUGUACACAGCAAGGAAAGGGAAAGGAGCAUUCUGCAAUGGAAUCCCGAUCAAAGUGUCUGGACAAGAAGAUAUUAACCAGUCUCUGCUACUGACAGAAGUGGGCUUCAAGAGCGAUCCUGAGCAAUUCAAAAUAAUGUUAGCCAACAUAAAGACCAUCCUCACCAUCCCUGUACAUGGAAUCCGUUCCCCGGGCAGUGCGGCUAUCAACAUGUGUUUGGUGGCGUGCGGCUCGGCUGAUGCGUACUACCACAUGGGCAUCCACUGUUGGGACAUGGCCGGAGGGGCGGCAGUUGUUACUGAAGCUGGCGGAGUUAUCAUGGACAUUUCAGGUGGACCGUUUGAUCUAAUGUCUCGGAGACUGAUCGUGGCGAGCAGCAGGGCGAUUGCAGAACGCCUUGUGAAGGAGAUAAUAGAGUUUGACGUUGGCAGGGACGACGCAGAUCACUAGUUGACUUACUGCCCUCAGCUGUUUCGAAUUCAUCACGUCAGGAUUCUGUCUUUGCCUUGAGAACUAAAAUGAUGAACUUACCUCUGAGGACAAUUUGACCGAGACAUUCACAGAUUCAGACUGAAUCUAUUCUGUUUUGACUUAUUCAGACAGUAACACCCUGAUUAAUAAUAAGGAAGUUGUGAUGAAGGGAUAUGUGUCACAACACGCUCUUCCUUUUACGUUUUGUAAUCACACUUUGUUUUAUCUAUAUUAUUUGAUUGAAGAACUUCAUAGAUAAAAAACAUUAUUGAAGUAAUUUUAGUAUAAAUGUGUUCAGGUUUUGACCGAUAAUAUUACUUUUCCAUUCGUGGGUUAUUGUAUUUUAUGUAUUCAUAGAUUAAUUUACAGUAAGUAUACUCUUCAAUUACUUUGCCAUGACUAGUUUGCACUACAGGUAAUUCAAUAAUAGAUACACCAAACACAUAUAACAUAGAAUUUACAUAGAAUGACACAAAACUAUGUAGUGCAUAACUGCUUCUUUAUCAGGUCCAGACAACUGUGUGAAGUUUAAAAUUGUUAUUUCUAAGAAUUUAAGGAAAGCAGCAAAUAAAAACGCACUUUGACUAUU